GUUCAUUGCCUUUAUGAAUGAGGCGUGCGUGAAUUCGUAAGAGAUAUUUACGAUCCGAGAUACUUUAAUUCAAAGAGACAGAUUCGUGUGUAAGCUUCUCUAUUUCUCUACUUUGUCCAGAUAUAACGUUUGAAAAUGUCAACAAAUAAAUUAGCUCUUCUGAGUGUAUCUGAUAAAACUGAUUUGUUGCCAUUGGCGAAAAAACUGCAUGAAUUUGGAUUAACAUUAAUUGCCUCUGGAGGUACAGCACAAACAUUGAGAAAUGCUAAUCUACCUGUGCAAGAUGUUUCUGAAAUUACUGGAGCACCUGAGAUGCUUAAUGGACGUGUGAAAACUCUUCAUCCUGCUAUUCAUGCUGGUAUUCUUGCUAGACUGACUAAUUCCGAUGCUCAAGAUCUUCAAAAGCAAAAUUAUGAUCUUAUUCAAGUAGUAGUUUGCAAUUUAUAUCCUUUUGUAAAUACUAUUUUGAAAACAAAUGUGACAGUUGAGGAUGCAAUAGAGAAUAUUGAUAUAGGUGGAGUAACUUUAUUACGAGCUGCUGCCAAAAAUCAUAACAGAGUUACAGUUAUCUGUGAUCCCAAUGAUUAUGAAAAGGUCAUUAAAGAGAUGGAUAAUGCUGUCAACAAAGACACUUCUUUACAAACCAGACAAACUUUAGCCUUGAAAGCAUUCACUCAUACUGCUGAAUAUGACAAUGCUAUCUCGGAUUACUUCCGCAAGCAAUAUAGCUCUGGAAUUUCACAACUCACUCUUCGUUACGGCAUGAAUCCGCAUCAAAAACCCGCACAGAUAUUCACUACCUUAGAAAAAUUGCCAUUGACUGUAGUGAACGGUUCACCAGGUUUCAUCAAUCUAUGCGACGCAUUGAAUGGUUAUCAAUUAGUGAAGGAAUUAAAGUCCGCGCUAAACUUGCCAGCGGCGACUUCCUUCAAACAUGUUAGUCCAGCUGGCGCCGCUGUUGGUGUCCCUUUAAAUGAUGUGCAGGCGAAGUUGUGUCAAGUGGACGAUCUUUACGAUCAACUUACGCCUCUAGCGAUUGCCUAUGCUCGUGCGCGAGGUGCCGAUCGCAUGUCUAGUUUCGGCGACUUCAUCGCAUUGUCCGAACCAUGUGACAUUGCAACAGCUAAAAUUAUAUCAAGAGAAGUUUCUGACGGAAUUAUUGCUCCAGGCUAUUCGGAGGAAGCUCUUAAGUUAUUAAAAAAGAAAAAGAAUGGUGGAUAUUGUAUACUUCAAAUUGAUCCUUCUUAUGUGCCAUCUGCAAUAGAACGCAAAACUUUAUACGGUUUAGUUAUGGAACAAAAACGUAAUGAUGCAGUUAUCGACAAGUCGAUAUUUGACAAUGUAACGACGAAAUCGAAAAUUCUAUCAGAGGAUGCUAUCCGCGAUUUAAUCGUGGCCACUGUCACUGUCAAAUAUACACAAAGUAACUCCGUCUGUUAUGCAAAAGAUGGACAAGUGAUUGGUACUGGCGCAGGACAACAAUCUAGGAUCCAUUGCACUAGGCUUGCUGGAGACAAGGCCGAUAACUGGUGGCUUCGCCAGCAUCCAAAAGUGACAGGAAUGAAAUUCAAAAAGGGUGUGAAGAGAGCGGAAAUCUCUAAUGCUAUUGACAAUUAUGUCAAUGGAUCUAUAGGAAAGGAUAUGGAUGAAGCUACAUGGGCUACCAUGUAUGAAGAGAUACCUGAAAAAUUAUCGGAAAGCGAUAGAAUUGAAUGGAUUAAAAAAUUAGAUAAUGUUGCUCUGAGUAGCGAUGCUUUCUUUCCAUUCAGAGACAAUAUUGAUAGGGCUAGACUCAGUGGUGUCAAGUAUAUCGCGAGUCCUGCUGGGUCUACAAAUGAUGCAGCAGUAAUUGAAGCUUGCAAUGAACAUGAAAUAGUAUUGAUUCACACUGGUUUCCGCUUGUUCCACCAUUAAAUUUGAGAUACAAAUUAUUGUUGCUAUUUUUAUAUAAUAUUAAAAAAAAAGAUUUCUCAUAUUAUAAUGUUCCAACAAAAAAAUUAAUUUACAAAAUAUUUUUGUACCUUUUUACUUUUAGUAUAAAGUUUAUGCAACUA